UUCCGGAAGUAGUAUACGUCAUUGCCAACAGAUUCAUAUUUCCAUCGCAUUUACAUUGCUGAGAAAAAUCGUCGGUUUUAGCGGCGUAACAUAUUGCAAAUAAGUGCGAAAUAUUGUGAUAAACUUCUCCUAGUAUUAGUUAAUCUAGUUCAAUUUUAAUAAAUUCAAUAUGUUUAUCUUGGAUUGGUUCACUGGUGUCCUCGGCUUCCUUGGUUUGUGGAAGAAAUCAGGUAAACUAUUGUUCCUGGGCCUAGACAAUGCGGGCAAGACCACUCUGCUGCACAUGUUGAAGGAUGACAGAUUAGCGCAGCACGUGCCAACACUGCAUCCCACAUCGGAGGAGCUGUCUAUAGGCAGUAUGCGGUUCACGACGUUCGACCUGGGCGGGCAUCAACAGGCGCGCCGCGUGUGGCGCGACUACUUUCCCGCCGUCGACGCCAUCGUGUUCCUGGUCGACGCCUGCGACCGUCCACGCCUGCACGAGUCUAAGGCCGAGCUGGACUCGCUGCUGACAGACGAGACGCUCAGCAACUGCCCCGUGCUGAUCCUCGGCAACAAGAUCGACAAGCCCGGCGCCGCCAGCGAGGACGAGCUGCGGCAGUUCUUCAACCUCUACCAGCAGACCACUGGGAAGGGCAAGGUGUCCCGGUCGGAGCUGCCCGGGCGGCCGCUGGAGCUGUUCAUGUGCUCGGUGCUGAAGCGCCAGGGCUACGGCGAGGGCUUCCGCUGGCUCGCGCAGUACAUCGACUGAGCGCCGCAUACAACAUAGCUGCUUGUGGCCGGUGCACCCACUCUUACCAGAGUAAACACUAAUGAGUAGGUCAUCUUCAUAGAAACGCACGGGCGCGGUUUGUAUGUGAGCGCGCCAACACGUAUGCGGCG